UUUUGAAGUGCGCUCGAGGCGUGAAAUGAAAUAACGUAAAGUUUACAUCGUGUUCAGGAUGUCAGUCCAUCGGGCGUAGAGAAAAAAAUCAGUGGUAAUUCGUGGAGAAUUGCGGUCGGAGUUUCUUUAACGAUACCGGCUAAACGUUUUCAGCGGGAGGUAAUUAGUCGUGGAGGUUGGAAUCGUGAAAUGCGAGAAUACAACAGGAAAGACGCUGCUAUCAUUACGUGAUCAAAACGUGAUAAGAAAGCAUAGGUACAUUGGCAGAAUGAAUUAAUUAAUUAAUUUAGAGCGAUGGAAGGAAUAAAGAACGACAAUGGAUUAGCACCAUCGAUGGAAAAUGAAGGCAGUACAUCGAUAUCGUCUGAAAUGGCAUCAGUCUUUGGAUCGUUCUGGAUCUAGAAUAUUGAUAUUCGGAUGAGAAAAGUCUUCUUCGCCGUAUAAAGGUAACCCACGAAAACAAUACGAAUCGGUGCAAUAGGUCAAUGGCUGAGCACUUGCUUGUUAAUCGAAUGGAAGCCUGUUAGAGGCGCUCGCGCGUGAAACAGAAGUGGAAGCGAGCAUAGUCGGUGACUCGGCCAUGCCAGUUGUCCGCCUGCCUCGUGCCGCAAACAAAAUCUGCAUAAAGUGGCGACAAGCGUCGUCAACUUCAUUAUACCUGUAUCGUAUCGAUACGGAAGAAAUGAAACGCGUUCCUGUCUUUGGAUACUCUGGAAAUCGUCUGAGAAUUGGCGAUCGUUGCGACCUAAAAAGCUAAUAAAACAAACUGUGACAUCGAAGAAGGAUAAAAUAUAACGAUCUGAUUAACUGUAGCUGUAAUAUGUGCCGGUAUAGUAUAUGAUAAAUCGUAGGGCUGAUUUGAUACAAGUGUGAAUCGUAAAAAGGUAAAACGAAAAGUGAUUGGAAAAACUAGUUUAAUACGUUCGUCUUGAACCGAUGAAACGAAUCGUGUUGAUCGAAUGUUUUUAAAUCGGUAUUUGUUCGAGGUGCGUAGUCACCUUUACGUAAUUUCCAAUAAAAGACUCGUACUAAAGUUCGUACUAAAUUAAGGGUAAAUCAAAAGAUAAUCGAAAGACGCGUAUCCAAAGAUAGAUAGUUUGUCAGCGAAUUAAGAAAUUUUUGCGAGAAAAAUGCAGAACCUCCAAGUUUUUGUAAAUUCAACGCCCGACCCGUUGAACAUGACACUACUGAUGGAAAAUAACACUUACUACAAUAACACGAAUAUCACGGAUUUACAAUUGAGAAAUCAAUUCAUACUUCCGUGGUGGAGACAAAUGAUCUGGACCUUGUUGUUCGCCUGUAUGAUCGUCGUGGCAACUGGUGGCAACCUGAUAGUCAUUUGGAUUGUAUUAGCGCACAAACGGAUGCGCACGGUCACUAAUUAUUUCUUGGUAAACUUAAGCAUCGCAGACGCUAUGGUGUCUACGUUGAACGUUACGUUCAAUUACAUCUACAUGUUGAACAGUCACUGGCCCUUUGGCACGCUCUACUGCAAGAUCUGUCAGUUCGUCGCUGUGCUCACUAUAUGCGCCAGUGUCUUCACUUUAAUGGCAAUUUCUAUAGAUAGAUACAUGGCCAUCAUGAACCCGUUGAGACCUCACAUGGGUAAAAGAGCUACCCUCUGCAUAGCGAUUUUCAUUUGGAUCGUAGGAGCUAUCCUCUCGCUACCGAUGCUACUCUUCUACACAACAUACACUCAAAACUUUGCAAACGGCGAAAUACGAGUGAUCUGCUACGGCGAUUUUCCCAACAGAGACGACAAUGGUCUCAGUUACGACGAAUACUUAUAUAAUGUGAUCUUUAUGGUACUGACGUAUGUUUUACCAAUCGGAUCGAUGACGUUCACGUACGCCAGAAUUGGUUUGGAGUUAUGGGGUUCGCAAAGCAUCGGCGAAAAUACCGCCGGGCAAUUGGAAGGUAUAAGGAGUAAGCGCAGGGUUGUGAAAAUGAUGAUUGUUGUCGUAGUAAUAUUUGCAGUAUGCUGGCUACCGUUUCACGUGUACUUCAUCAUAACGUCAUACUUCCCGGAGAUUACAAACGAGCCAUACAUCCAAGAAGUUUUUUUAGGUAUUUACUGGCUCGCCAUGUCUAACAGCAUGUAUAAUCCCAUAAUCUACUGUUGGAUGAACUCCAGAUUUCGGCGAGGAUUUGCCCACUUUUUCUCCUGGUGUCCGAUGGUACAGGUUGCCGCCGAGCCCUCGUUAUCACGUUCCGAAGCGUUAACGUCUCGAUACAGUUGCACCGGAAGUCCUCAAACCAACACCAGGAUAUCACGGAACGGUACGUGUACGUCUUCCUGCACACCCUCGGAACGUCCUUGCACCACAUCGUCCACAACAUCCACGAGCGAGUCACGCUUCGAACACGACGACGCCCACACGGAUGCACGAAAUUCUUACAUAGAUUUGCACGACUUCACCGUUACCAGCGUCGUCCUUGGCGAAACCAAUGCCGACGUGAAUCGCGAGACGUAGUAACGAAAUCGACUUUGAAACCCCGAUCGUUGUUUCCUUCGAUAUCCGGUUCGAUUCUUUUCGAUAAUUUACCCCGCGGGACAACUUUCUAAUCGAAAGCAUCGAUGAAAAUAAUCAUUACACUUCAGGGUCUAAAAUAUCAAUAUUAAACACAUACGAUUAGAUUCGCGUUUACGUGUACAUUUUUUUAGAAGAAAAAUUAUUAUCAAUUAACCCUCGCGGCUAUGAGACGAUCGUUUCGAAUGCAAGCAUCGAAUAAAAUCAAAGAAUGGAUUUUUUAAUGCUUUCUAGUUAUAUCGUGAUAGUGCGAUCAGCAAAGACAUGUGAAACACAAAAUUCAAUUUUCUAACUUCUCUAGAUUUCUAUUAGCUUCAUAGUGUUCGUAUUGUAUGUAAUUUGUAUCGUGCUAUAGAGUGUUUUAUUGCAUAGUUUUCAUCAUUUUCUCGUGGUUUUCUUAUUUUUACACAUGUAAGUCUGUAGCUUUUAUUACGCAACCUACAAUUCCUAAAGUUUUACGAUGUUUGGAAAUUUGAUCCUAUUUUUAGAGUUUCAUAGUUUUUAGAAACUUGUAAUAAAGAUGCAACAGUAACUAUAUAAAGAUAAAUAAAUAUAUUUUUCGAAUAAAAUUCGUAAUUAUAAUUUUUUCUCUUCCCGUCUGUACGCGACGAUUUUCAAAUUACUAUGGAAAUUGAAAUUUCAUACAUGGUUGGAACAUAACCGAUUCAUUGUUGUCCGCGGUCUGCCGUUUGAGGGUUAAUAAAAUAAUAUAUAUAUAUUUCUAGUACGUAUAUAGUAUGCCAAAUAAUUUUCUAUUUUUCUUUUAUCAACGACUAACUUAUCAACAAUGCUUGUCUUCGUAAUCGCGAUACACGGUUGAAUUACCAACAAUCGGCCGAUUAUAACGAAUAUUAACAAUGCGUUUAUAGCUUUUUCAUACAAUGCGGUUGAUGUGAAAACUAUUCAUCGUCAUAUGUAAUCUCAGAUAUAUGUAUACAUUUAUACAUUUUAGGCCCUGGUAUUUCGUCAUCGAACGAUUCAUAAAAAAAAGAUUUGCACAAAUGGAAUGCGGGAGCUUGAAGUUAUUUUACAUACAGGUACAUAUGUACCUAUGUACUUUUGUUUAAUUGAUAAAAAAGUGAAAAAUAUAUGGCAGGUGUAUUAAAGUGACGUAAUAUAUAUCGGGUGUUAUUCGAAUACAAUGAGAUAUAAUAUCAACGUCAUGAUAUAAAGCCGCCACAAUGUUGUCUCCUUCUUAUCGACAAUUUUAUGAUCGAUGAUUUUUGUCGUUUAGAACUUUCACCUUAAGAUUUAUUAUCGUUACUCGACUUUGAAAUAACAAAAAAGACAAAACUACGGAUAAAAAUAAAGUAUCGCGUUACCAAAAGAAGGCGCAGCAAUUUA